GUCCUUUCAGUUAUCUUGAUGAUGUCCCAUUUAAGAUAGGAGACAAAUUCAAAACCCCAGCAAAGGUUGGAUUACCCAUUGGUUUCAGCCUGCCUGAUUCUUCUCAGCUUGUCAGAGAAGCCCAGGUGCACCCAGACUACAAGGAAACAAAAAUACUUACAGUAACACACAAAAAUUUCCCAGUGUCUAAAGUGCCCAGUAAUAUCAGCUGCACAAAGCAGUCAGGUGACCCCGCUCCUGAACUACAGCAGGCCCUCUCUGCUAGUGAGAGGCAGUGCAUAGAGACAGUUGUCAACAUGGGAUAUGCGCCUGAAGACGUCCUGAAAGCCAUGAAGAAGAAGGGGCAGAACAUAGACCAGGUUUUGGACUACCUGUUUGUACAUGGACAGCUUUGUGAGAAGGGCUUUGAUCCACUUCUUGUUGAAGCAGCUUUGGAAAUGUACCAGUGUUCAGAGGAGAAGAUGACAGAGCUUCUCCAACUAAUGAGUCAAUUUAAAGAAAUGGGCUUUGAACUAAAAGACAUUAAUGAGGUCUUAUUACUACAUAACAAUGACCAACAGAAGGCUUUGGAAGAUUUGAUGGCCCGUGCAGGAGCCAACUGAAAACACAGUCCUGGAUUCUCAUCAUGCAACAGAGCAAGACCAGGGUGACCUAAUCUCAGCAAGGAGUUUGGCUUUUUGCAUAUAAGGGAGAAUGUCUGAGCAAGCUCGCCCAUGUGCAUCACUCCAGCAUUUCUCUUUCCACUGAAAGCCAACUUUCUUUCUUAAAUUAAAAUUUUAAAGUGUCCUUUCCUCAGUUUCCUUUUUUCCAGCUUGGCCACAGAGAAUUUAGGCUGUCCAGUCUCUACUGAAAUUGUACAUAGGUAGAGAUGGGGUGGUUUCUCCCACUCACCUUUGCACUGGAGUUGAACAGAACUGGUUGGUUCUGAAAUUAGGAUGCUUUGGUUCUUUGAAGCUGCUUUCAUGGUGUCUGCUUGUACUGAAUUACUUGAUUGUGUCAUAGUCCAGAUUAACUGGUUAAAUUUGACCUUUAGUGCAAUGGAGUUUUAUUUUUGGGGGGGAAAAUUAGUCUGCAACUUAGUAAAACACUGUUUCAAAAACUUGCUAUGCAUAAAGAGAGAGCCUAUUCCUCUUGGGUUUUUUUACCCAUGCAUCCAACACUUCUGCCAGACAUGAGCGUUCAAUGCUGAGUGAUCUGUAAAUUCCCUUGAAAUAGGUAAGUUGUGAAUUCUAUCUGGACCUGCAACUUAUGUUGGUUUUUGAACCUGAAGGCAGAGAGCUGGAGCUCAGUAUUCUUAACCCCCCCAGGUUUGUAGGAUAUUUAAGGCAGUGCUCUGCUAGGAAAUCAGUUCUCUUUUUGUUUUAAAUAAUACUCAGUGUGAUGCAGGAGGUUCCUUUCAAGCACUUUCUUUAAAAGAGAUAUACUCACUGCAUUAGCUCCAUUUCUCACACCGCUAUAGAAUUGCACAAUAGCAUCUAGUACUAGUACUAGAAAUCAGCUUUUGGGUUGGUUUUGAUAGUUAAAGUUCUAAGUACUUAAAAUAUCAACAGUCUUGCGGAAUCUUUAAAGUAAUUCACUAAAUAUUUUGAUUCUGCUGAAGAAAAACUAACAAAAUCCUCAAUAUCACUCCCAGUGUCAUGGUUCCCAUCUCUCAUGCUCUUUGGCUUCAACAAAUGAACAACUUGCUGGAUCCUGCAUGCUCCUGUAGGCACAUGUGCACACUGUGUGUUGGGCAGAACAACCUGAGGUGUCCAAGCAGAUGGCUGCAGUGGUGCAAGAACCACGCCUAGGGAUCCAAACUAGUGUUACAGCAUGGAGCUGGGAGCAUUGAGAACUUAGGCAGGGAAAAAUGACUUGGCUCAUUUCCUCAGUUUAAGUUUUUCAGUAGGAGGUUUUAGCUCAUCAGGACCCUGAAAGAGAUGACAUUUGUCUCUAUUAUGUUGUUAAUUUUAUAUGACCAAAACAUGUAAUUUGGGUCCAGUGUUAACUCCUGGAGUUAUCUGUGAGGUUCUCAACUACAUUAAUUACCUUUCCUUAAAACAAAAUGAUGCUGAGAAAAUAUGUACUGGGUAAGUACCUAGGAGGUGUGGAGAUGAACGAUGAAUAGGACCAGGACAGAUUGCCUUGCACGUAUCCCAUAGUAUUGAGCUUCACUAGCGUCUAUUAGUGGGACCAAAAUUAAAACUUAUCUAAGAAGGACAUUCAGCAGCUGGUGGAUCAGCAGCUGCUGCCUCUGUGGGUUCAGGUAAAGCAGUUGUCCAGCUUUCCUUCCCAGGUGAGAAAUGUGACAGUUUGAAAUGAAGAAAUGGGGUUCCUGAUUAAUCAGAAAAACUGGAAAACAAAACUUGAACUUCUUUACCGUCACUGCUGAGAGCAUUCAGUUGUGUUGCUUGUUUCAAUUUUCUCACAAUUAAUAUCCAAACAAAUCUGUCUGGUACUAGACAAUCUUGAAAGGGCAAGAAGUCUUGCCAGCAAAGAAACAACUAUUUAGACCAAACUUCUGAAUAAAAUCAUCUCUUCAGUUGUGUUAAUGUGUGUUGUUUUUCUGGUCUCCCCACUACAGUAACCACUCUGUUUAUGGAGACUGUUGUAGAGGUGAGAGCAGAGAGGUGAAGAUGGAAACUGAUACCUGUAAAGCUGGUGGUCUCCUUCCAAAAAGAUGUACCCCUCUGUGUCUUCCCUGGUGACACUGCUCUUGCUUUGUCAGUGAGGUUUUUGGAUUUACAUCUGUAUUAGGUUUGCAUGGCCAGCUUUUGGUAGAAGAGGGGCUAGGAGCAUGGCUUCUGUGAAAAGAUGCCAGAAUCUUACCUCAUGUCCCAUAGAGCCAAUGACAGCUGGUUCCAAGAUGUGCCCAUUGCUGUCCAAAGCUGAGUCAAUUUGGAAUGGUGACAACUUCUAUGACAACAUAUUUGGAAAGGGGAAAAAACUGGAACAACAGCCAAAAAAGAGUUGAGAAUAUUUGUGCAAACUGCAGACACCAAGGUCAGUAAAGGAGGUCCACUAGGGACUGGAGCAGAGAUCCUUCUUCAGCCUGUGGUGAAGAUCAUGGUGAAGCAGGUUGUCCCCCUGCAGCCACAGUGAAGGAGAUAUCCACCCUGCAGCCUGUGGAAGACCCCAUGCCAGAGCAGGUGCCCCAAGGAGGCUGGAACCCUGUGGAAGCCCAUGCUGGAGCUGGCUCCUGGCAGGACCUGUGGCCCCAUGGAGAGGAGUUCACACUGGAGCAGUUUUUCUGGCAGGAUUUUGACCCUAUGGGGGACCCAGGCUGGAGCACCCUGUUCCUGAAGGACUACACCCCGUAGAAAAGACCCCAGGCUGGAGAAGUUUGUGGAGGGCUGUCUCCCAUGAGUGGGACCUCAUGCUGUAGCAGGGGAAGAGUGAGGAGAAAGGAGCAGU